AUGCGUCCCUUCACCAUCAUCUCCGCCUUUUUCGCUGUGGCUAUCCAGCCAACUCUCGCCGCCCCCAUCACAGACACCAUCCCUUCUUCCCUCCUCCUCGAGCGUGCAACAGCUCCUCCUCCAUGCAAGCGAGUCCUCGAUCCAGCACCCACUGCCAACGAGACGGCAGCGCGAUUCAAUACUUUCGUCCAAGCCUUUGUCGGCGCGCAAGGUGGCAAGAAGAAUAUCACAAAGGCUUUUGAGUAUAUCGCUGAGGAUUAUAUUAACCACAACCCCCUAGCCAAAAACGGCGCAGCAUCCGCCUGGUCCAUCCUCUCCCCGAUCUGGCAACAGACUUCGCACACCUAUCUGCGGUCGACCAUCAAAAGUGAGCAGAGUCCCGUUAUGAGCUGGGUCAAUUAUCGCGCCGGAGGGAUUGGUGAGGUUGUGGAUCGGUUUAGGUGGGAGGGAGGGUGUAUUGUUGAGCAUUGGGAUCAAGGAGAAAAGUACCCUUCUUCGUAA